AUGGAUAUGGACAUGGCCAUGGUGAGCUUCGAUGAGGACCUGGACCAGGUGCUGGCGGAUGCCAUGAGCCCCGGGAGCUCAGCGACGUCAUCCGCGCCCGCUGCCGCCGCCGCACCACCAGCCGUCGUCGCAGGCAGCAGCGAGGACGACGAGGAAGCCGCCGCCGCCGCCAGCGCCGACCUUCGGAGGGGGCCCUGGACGGUGGACGAGGACAUCCUCCUCGUCAACUACAUCGCCGCCCACGGCGAGGGCCGCUGGAACUCGCUCGCCCGUUCUGCAGGCCUGAAGCGCACGGGCAAGAGCUGCCGCCUCCGGUGGCUCAACUACCUCCGGCCCGACGUGCGGCGGGGCAACAUCACCGCCGAGGAGCAGCUCCUCAUCCUGGACCUGCACUCUCGCUGGGGCAACCGCUGGUCCAAGAUCGCGCAGCACCUCCCGGGCCGCACCGACAACGAGAUCAAGAACUACUGGCGCACCCGCGUGCAGAAGCACGCCAGGCACCUCCGCUGCGACGUCAACAGCGCCAGCUUCCGUCACAUCGUGCGACACGUCUGGAUGCCGCGCCUCCGAGAGCGCGCCCAGGCCGAUCGCGACGACCAGCUGGCUCCCCAAUCGCCCGUGGCCGUCGUCCAAGCGCCGGCGACCACUACGGCCAGCGCGCCGCCCGCAUGUUAUAACUACUACGGCUACGGGAGCCAACACCUGGUGCAGCACCAAGGCGCCCACCACGGCCUGCAGGCGGCAGGCGAAGCUCACCACCACCAUCACCACCAAUACUACAACGAGCCGGCAGGACAGACGGCGGCGGCAACGGCCCUGAGCCCCGACGACGCCUCCAGUGCGCUGCGACCGUUAUCGCUUACGACGGACGACGCGUCGCACUAUGCUGCAACUUACGCUUACACCUCCACAGCCAUGGCGACCCCGACUAACGACGACCAAGGCUGCGGGCCAACGACGACCGACGACGAUGUGUUUGCCGGGAUGACCUGGUCCGAGCUUCUCGCCACCGCCACCAGCGGCCCUGACGACGACUCCACCUCCAUGUCCAUGAUCAGCCUGCCGAACUUUGGGUUCGGGGAUCUCGAUGACGGCCUCUGGAGCCUGGACGACCUUUGCUUACAGCAGCUGUGCUGA